AUGGUUAUUCUCUUGGUGCUGAGGACGCCUCUGGCUCUCCGCAGAGAAUCAGCAAGGGAUUUCGUGUACCGGUUUAAGGGUCGGUGCUACCUCUCCAACCGGACGGAUCGUGUGCGGCUCGUGGCCAGACAAAUCUAUAACGAGGAGGAGAUCCUGCACUUCGACGGCGACGUGGGGGUGUUCGCGGCUGUAACUGAGCUGCGGCGGCGGAGCGCUGAGAGUUGGCACAGCCGGAAGGACCAAGUGCGGAUGUAUCGGGCCCGCGUACACACGCGGUGCAGAUUCAACUACCCGGAGACGCGCCCUUCACUGCCCAGCGGAGAGGGGGGUUUAGGCUGGGGGCGCCUGGGUGGGCUUCGCCUCGGAACCCGGUGGGCAAGUCCCCGGGGAAGGGACCUUUGGUGAUUUUGCAAUUCCUAGGAUCCUGGUGGGACUGAGGGGCUUCAAG